AUGGAAGAAAAUACAAAUAAUAUUGUUGACGAUUUUUUAGAGGAUUUUCUUUCAGGAAGUGAAGAAAUUGGAGAAGAAACAUUUAAUGAAGAUAAUAAUCAACUUAAACCAAAAAGUAUUGAACAAAUUAUGAAAUUAGAACAAUGGAAUGAAAUUAUUCAACAAAUAGAGAAAUAUAAAGAACAACAAGGAGAUGAAAUAAAAAAAAUAAAUGAAGAAGAUCCACAAUAUCAAUUGGUUAUUCAAAUACCAGAAAUGUUAUUACAAAUAUCUAAUGAUGAACAAAUAUUAUAUAAUCAUAUUAAAGAUAUUUAUUCUAAACAAUUUCCAGAAUUAGAACAACUUGUUACGAAUAAAGUUGAAUAUUGUCUUACUGUUAAAACUAUUCAAAGAGAAACUGAUUUAACAAAAAUUGAUCUUUCUUCUUUUCUUUCACCAGCAAUAAUUAUGGGAAUUAUUACUGCAUCAACUAAUUCAAAUAAAUAUCAAAUAACAGAAAAUGAAAUGAAUGAAAUUAUUAAUGAAUGUGAUGUAUUAAUUCAAUUACAACAAAUUUCACAAAUUAUUGUAGAAUAUCUUGAAAGUCAAGUUAUUUUUCUUGCACCAAAUUUAACUGCAAUUAUUGGAAGUGAAAUAGCAGCUAAAUUAAUUAGUGCAGCAGGUGGUAUUUCUUCAUUGGCAAGAUUACCAUCAAAUAUAAUUGAAGUACUUGGACAAAAAAAAAUAACUUUAAGUGGAUUUUCAAGUAGUCAUCAUACACCACAUACUGGAUUUAUUUAUGAAUCAGAAUUAAUUCAAAAACUUCCUCCUGAUGUUAGAAAAAAAGCAAAUCGUUAUUUAGCAGGAAAAGUUACAUUAGCAGCAAGAGCAGAUUCAUGUAGAAAUGAUACUGGUUCAAUUGAUGGAACAUGUGGAAAAAAAUUAUAUGAAGAUGUAAUAAAACGAUUUGAUUAUUUAUUACAACCACCUCCUUUAAAAAAGAAAAAAGCUAUUAUUCCACCAGACCAAAUGAAACGUAAAAGUCAUAGAGGUGGAAGAAGAGUAAGAAGAAUAAGAGAAAUGUAUGGAAUGACUGAAAUAAGAAAAAAUAUGAAUAGAAUGAAAUUUGGAGAACAAGAACAAGAAAUUAAUGGAGUAGGUUAUGGUGAAGUUAAAGGAAUUCAAUUACAAGGAGAAAAUAGAAGAAUAUUAAAACAUAAAAAAAUAGAGACAAAAGGAAUUAAAACUAGUUUAAGUGGUUUUAGAACAGGAAUUCAAACUACAAUUGGAAAUAAUAAUGGUGGUGCUACAACUUCAGUUAAUAUUUCUGGUGGAGGAAUUAUUAUUAGUGAUCCAUUAAAUUUAAAAAAGAAAAUGAAUUGA